GAAACAUUUCCACACAGUUCGGCUAUUCACAAAGUUUAUGUAAUUCCUAAAGCGUGAUUAUAGUCAUUUUUCAGUGGUCCAAUUUGAUUUAUUUUUUGGGUGUUGUAAAGUGGGCGGUAAGCGUGAGAGGAUGAUGGCUGCGCGCUGUCCAUUGUUCAGACCUUGCAUGUAGUGGGCUGGUCACUCCUCUUUAGGUGGGUGGGAUUACAUUAAUGCUAUUUGAAUCUCUGGACUCGAGCAGCGGUCGGUCGGUCAGUCAGUGAAGUAGUCUGGUGAUUAAUUGAACCGUCAUGGAGUCACGAAAGAAAAGUCAGCGUCCCCGGUCUUUCAUAAGCUGUGUUUUCCUGCUGUGUGUGCACCUACAGUCGGCUGGCGCUGGAGAUUGCCCUGCGGAUGGGCGCACCUGGGUACCCUCUGCAGACAGAUGUUACCACUUUGUUCAUGGAGAAGAAGACCAAAUCAAAAGCUACACCUUUGAGAGAGCAAAAUCGCUCUGCCAAGGCUUUGAGCUUCUGACCAUCCAGAGUGCUGACGAGAACAACUUUGUCUUGAGUUAUAGCCCGAAUGUGUGGAUAGGAAACGUCAACGUGUGGCUUGGGAUGUAUUACGACACAAACAGUGACACCAUGAGGUGGUUCGGCGAAAAGCCUGUCAGUUUCUCAAACUGGGAGAACUCCUCUUCCGUGUCCGACCUGCUGCCGGUGGACACGUGUGUCACUCUGCACACCAGCUCUGGAAAGUGGGAGAAGGUCAGCUGCACGGAUGAAGUGGAGAACGGCGUGGUCUGUGAGACGGCUCAGGAAGCGGAGCCGGCCAGACAGAAGCCUAACGCGCUGCUCUCCGCCCUGGUCAUUCUCAGCGUGGUGGCUGUGGUGGGGGUCUCCGCAGUGAUUUGGUUCCUGCACCAGAAGAACAGUCCUGGCUCCUCCAUCUUCACAGCAUUCGAGUUCCACCCUCCCUUUCGAGUCCUGGACACAGACCAGUCGUGCCUGGUGGAGGCUGAGGAGACUGACAGCAUGCCAUAGGAGAACUUUUUCACUCUUCUGCCAUACAAAACACCAGACCCCCAUCUCACUGGGUGGGCGUUUGUGCAAAGACAAGUCCACUUGCUUAUCAAUUGCUCGAACAGUUUUGGGGUGGCGCAUGUGAAUGGCUUUGACUCCGAUGGGAUGAAAACUGACAAAAUCUCACUGAUAUUAACUUCUUCACUAACGCACGUGAAUAUUUCUCAUCCUCUUUCUUAAUCAUCUGCAAUAAGGACUCGUUUGUAAAAUCUCUCGAUAGGUUGAUUGUUAUCAAAAGGUGAUUGAGUUACUGUAAGUCCACUUCCUUAAAUCCUUUUCGGAUGGCAGUUUCUCUUGAGCAUAUCUGAAUAAGCUUACUUAUUUUUUUAUUUUUUUUUGUCGGUGAAGGAAUUUAAAGAGUAUAGUGUUAAUGUUGUGUUCCUGCAAGUUCCUCAGCCAAAAAAAGGGAGACUGAACAACCAUCAUCGUGGUUUUGAUUGGAAUUUUCUUGAUAUCUAUAUGAUCAUUCACAAACAUACAUACAGGCAACCAUGCUGUCAUACUUUCUGAACCUGGUGAUCUGAUUAAAACCAGCCCAUGGCAGCAUGCGCUCCCUUUUUCCAUAGUUUUGUUACAUUCUUUGCUGGGAAUUUCUGUGAAAUGGGUUUAAAGUCUUUCUGGGUCAGUGUCUAUACACAGGACUCUCCCCUAGGCUGUCAGUGGCACAUAUCAGCGGCCAAAUCCAAAAAACCUGAACCCUUACGGUAUGGAAAAGUGCCUGUUUAUUUGUGUAUGAACAGAAGUGUCAUUAUAUUUCUCUCUUCUUUUUUUUUUUUAAACUCCAGGUGAGACGUCCUGAGCAUGUUUCCUGUCUUUUGGGUGAAGCCUUUACAGCAUGUUGUGAUCUGUUUAGCACCUCUACACCAGCCUUUGUUCAGGGAGUGGGACAGCCUUACUAACUUAUGUUUUUAAGGAAGUCUGUGAAUAUUCAGAGGUAGAUGGUUUUGUACUGACCAUUUCAGUUGUUUGGGCUGAAUGCUUGCCAAUAUUUGUUUUUUGUUUUUUUGCACAACUUUUACCGGGACAAAUUACCUGACCUCUUGUGUCUUCAAAUCUUUUUGAAUGACUAUCAUGAGAGUAGUAUACAUUUAAUUUAAUCUAUGUGUUAUGUGUGUGCCAUAUUUUAAAAUACAUUUUAACACUUUGUUUUUAAAUUAAAUGUCUCUUUUCUGCCCUAGAAAAUAAAAUCCAAUCAUCAACUUUAGGAAGUUAAAAAUAUGAAUGCCAGUAACAGGGCUUAACUAAGUUUCUUAGAAUCAUUGCAGGAAUCUACAUCUUUGGGAGACCUUUCAGUAUUUAACUGCAUUUGCACACAGUUUGAACCGCCACUGUUGAUUUAUUUUUGCUGUUUUGUACCUUCUUUCAAGAUUGAAUAUUUUAGCUGUGAUCGAUUUUAUGUGACCAAAUGAGUACAUUUUGCAAUCAUUUGGGCUUUUUUGGAGCCUCUAUGUGCUUGCAUAAUAAAAUAUAUUUGACUCUACUUUUUUAGAAUGUAUCUAUUAAUACUUUGGUUCA